GCUAGACUAUAGUUAUAAGUACUUCCAUAUCAACGUAACAAGAAGCCACCAGAGCAAACAAUCCGUUACACACACAACAUCGAGAGAAAGAAAAGCUUCGAGAAUUGCCUGAAUGUAACGUCAAUUUCGUAUCAAUGAUUAUCGUAAUACGAAAUUUGCAGUAAAAGUUUCUCGUAAAUGGCGAUUACGCAAGCCACGUUACGAACACUUGUCCUACGGAGUGAAUCCGAGACCUUUGUUGGCACACACACAACGGCCAAGCCAACGACGUUAAAAGAAGGACAAUACAAACAAAUCAGACAAAGAGAAUUCACCUACUCUAUUCCAAUUCGAGUGUUGAAUAGUUAUUGUCGUCAGGUCUUGGUUGUCAAUAAAUACAAACACCAACCAAAAUACAUAAGGUACAGCAGGGGUGCACGUGAUAAGAAUGACCACGGCCUAUUUCUCUAUCGCAACUCGUCCUCUUCCAACAUUAUCGCACGUCUCAACCUUCAGCUCCCCUCCUAUGGAAUCGUCACCUCUUACUCGCCAGCCUCAGCCCGAGGUCUUUACCCCCAAGAUCAUCCAGCUCUACGAUUCUCUCUUCAAGGAUGAUUACGACGAUGAAGAGAAGACGGAUGGCUUCUGGACAGAGUUUUUCCUCCUCAGACCCGAUCGUGCCGCCCUGAGACGUAUCCUUAACGAGUUGAGCCCGAGCCAUGUCUUGUCUCUCGAUGUGCGGACACAGGAGCUCUUUGCGAGGGGUAUAGCUGCGCUGAAGGGUUCGCAUACCCUUGCACAGUUGCACGCGCUGGAUACGCUCAGUGUCUUUCUAUCAUGCCUCCUCUCCAAACGAUACCCACACCCCAGCUCCGACAUCAUGGUUCUUCUCGCAGGACUUGACCAAAUCGAUGCUGUCUUUACCGACUUCGUCAGCGCUGUGGAGGCUAUAAUAAGGAAUAGCAAAGAGUUGGAGGUUCGAUAUAAAGCAGUUGAAGUGCUAUUGGCAGUGACAGCUGGAGCGUACCAAACAACACUGUUGACAUAUCUGAUCCAAAGAGAUCUCUUCCCUGCGGUCAUGAAGUUCAUCCAAGACGCAGAAACAUCAGAUCAAGUCCUGCAACCCUUCACAUUACUAGGUCUCCUAGCAAACUACAACAAAUUCGAGUUCCAGAAUCCUUAUCAGCAAAGAUUAAACGACUUUGUCAACGAAGCUGUGAUUCAAAAGAUCGUAGGCGCAGUGGGACAAGCGUGUCAGACAGUUCGGUCUCGAUAUAUCACGAUCCAGGAUGAUCUUCCUGAAGGCUGGACCUUCAGCGCUACUCUCAACAUGAUUGGACUCGGCGCGAUUGCUCCUGGGCCAAAACCUGUGAAGAAGCCUGUGUAUGAUGUUGAGACUGCUAAAUCUCUCUUCACCAAGCUACCUGAGGAAGAAGCCGCUGUUCUUUUAGCAACAUACGACUUUACCCACGCCAACAAGCUCUUCUGCUUCAACCUAGUAACACAGGCAGCUGAACCAGGCGCUGAGCAACCUAUCGCCAGCUACGUCUCUCUCACUUCGUAUCUCCUCCAACACGCCUACCUCUCACCCCGCGCCACAUACUACGCCCACCUCAACCUAAUGGUCUUCCGUCUCCUGAUCGAAGAUCCCACAAUCUGCAAGCGUAUAUGCAGUGAUGAAUCCCGCGUCGCAGUGCGUCUGUGUCGACAACGACAGCCUUACCUCCCCCUUGUCAAAGGCGAGCGAGUCCUCGCCAUUUCACUUCUUGACACUAUGAUUGACGGUGUGAAUCAUAACCUUCGUCGUCGUCUUGAUGUCAGUCUUUACACACUCUGCUUUGGCAUCAUGCUUCGUAUUAUCUCAUAUCUCUCUCGUACCCGCACACGGCUUGAGUAUCAUUGGCCUGAGUUCUUCCGGUCUUUGCUCUCCAUUGUUCGCUUUUUGGCUACAUACACAGCUGAUCUGAAGGAUCUACCACAUAUCGACACCCUUCUCGACCACGUUGUUAACCUCAUCGCCCUGUCCCUCUCCGCUGGUGAAGCCUUCCUCCCUUCGCCAGCAGACUACGAUGAUCUGUUCUACAAGGUCGUCGAGUCCGGCGAGGUUCUCACCAAGUUCAAAGAGAACUACCGCCUGGGUAACCGUAACAGCAACUCCAUUGAUACACUUAUCAACGUUAGUGCGCAUUACAACCAGAUGCUUUCAGAAGGUGGUGCGAAUCGUCGUAAGCCUAGUCUUUUGACGACGCAGGAGGUCACGGAGGUUAUUCGUCAGGGCUACGAGACGUUGAGUAUUCAAGCGAAGGAGGGACUAGAUUCAUGGGAGAGGUACCGGGAGGCGGAUGAGAGGACCUUGCUCAAGAAGAUGGCGAGAGCAGCUGUUGGUGAUGUGCGUGUUAUGGUUGAGCGGUAGAUUGCAUAGUUGAUAGUCUAAUGUCAUCAUGAGGCGGUUCAGACUGA